UUUGACAAGUGCGCUGCAUCCUCUUCGGGCUAUGAUUAAUUUUGGGAAUAUCUGACAUCAUCCUCGCGAGAAACAUGCUCUUCAAAAUGCUUGCAUUAAUUCUCUUACAAGGGGUUUUGACGUCCGACAACUCGGUGACAUCCGAGCUCAACCCCGCCGGUCUCCCUCAUGCCAGCACGGCGUUUGGCUCCGGGAGGUCCGGUUCACAGCUGUCUGACUCACCGGAGCCGAAGUCCAGACCGAAGCGCUGUACCUGCUAUUCCUACAAGGAUAAAGAGUGCGUGUACUACUGCCACUUGGAUAUCAUCUGGAUCAACACUCCCGAACACACGGUGCCCUAUGGAAUGUCAAGCUACAGAGGGCCUCAGCGGAUCAGACGUGCUGUCGGUGGACAAGCAAGUGACCGCAAAGAGGCAAAGACUCAGCGCUGCAUUUGUGCCGUGCAGGAUGCAGACCCUGAGUGCCAUCAUUUUUGCCUGUUAAGCCCCCUGCAGGCAGUACCGAUCAGGAGUCUCCACAGAGUCCCUGGUCCUGGAUGACAGUUUGACACCUCUCCAUCGUCUGCUCUUCUUCUCUGGGGAAUGGACCGUGCCCUCCUCUUCACCCUCUUCCCUCUCCUAUUGCAACUCUUGCCAACACAUGUACACAUUCGUGGAAAACACUUUGGAGUUUGCACUGUAGACAUUCAUCAGCAUCACAACUCUUGGAGCAAGUUUCAUCUAGCUGUGCGGUUUCAAGGACUCCUAAGCAAAUUCAAUACAGAUCCCUGGAGGCUAUCCCUUUUUGUUCCGUUCCGAAAGCAGCAAGAGGAUUACUUGCAUCCUGAACUAAUAGCCAAUGACACGAUCUCUCUUUUGUCAAACUCAAUCAGACAAAUCCUGUGUAUUCAUGCCUGGUAUUGUUGAGAACUACGCUGGUUGUAAGCUUGCACCUAUAAGGGACAACGAAAGGCAUUUCUAUGACAAUGUUGGAAAACAAAAAGUGCCACACGAGGCAUGUAAAGUAGGAGCAAGGAAUGAUAUUGCGAUAUCUUGCCAUAGGAAUAUGGAAAUAAUUGUUUCUAUUAGCAAGUAUUGCCUGUGCAGUCAAAGAGUUGUGUAUCUGAUUCUGCUGUGCCGAGCCCUAAAAAAGUAUCUGUUACAAGUAAACGUCCUAUAUUGAAAAUGCAAUUGCAUAAGUAAAAGUAUGUAAGUAUAAUCAGGAAAAUAUACUUUAAGUAUUAAAACGUAAAAGUACUCAAUGCAGAAAAAUGUCUCAGUGUCCAUGCUGUUAUAUAUUAAAUAAUUGUAUUAUUAUACUCAUGCAUUAAUGUAAAAGCCUACAUUUAAUGUUGUAGUUGGUUGAGCUAUACUUUUUAACUAUUUCUUGGACUGCAACUAACUAUUAUUUUCAUUAUGGACUAAUCUGCUUAUUAUUUUUUGGAUUAUCGACUAAUUGUUUAAAAUGUACUUGUGUAUACUGUUGGGUGGUUUAAUUUAUAACAAAACAUUAAAUUUGACAUAUUUCUCUUGAUAUAUUUUGUAUGCAAAAUUGGGGUUAUGAUUAUAUAUGAUACUACUGUUUAAUUAAAUAUCAUCUUCCAGCUACAAAAUAUAUUGCAAUGUAAUGCCAAAAUAUACAUUACUGGAAAAAUGUGUUCAGUAAUAGCAAUAAAUAAACCAACAAAUAAAUAAAUUGAAUUUCUAUUGACGGCACUUUGCAGCCUCA